CACACAUACAUACAAUUCCUCAAAACGUGAUUAGUUCAGCAAAGCAAAAUAGUUUUGUUUCCCCUAAAUUGUGUAUUCUGAGAUCACUGAUUUCUCCGCCACCACUGCCUUCUCAAUCCCCCUACUCCAACUGCAAAUCGGAGUGGUCUAAUCCUAAUCCUCAAAUAUUUUUUUAAAUUCACAAAUAAUCAUAUUACUACAACUAAUAAUAAUAAUUAGGGAGAAUAAACUUACCUUCCGCGAAGUUCACAUAUGAACAUAUAUAUCUAAGUAUUCGUUCUAUUUUUAUUCAAUCCCAAUUGGCCAAACUUUUAACCAAAUGAUCGGAUUAAAACUUUGUGUAAAAAAAAUUUUUCUCUUUCAAUAUAUGUUUAAAAAAGGAUAUUUCUAAAAAAAAAGUGAAUGAUUUUUGUAAGCUUCAUUUCGAGUGAACAUUAAACCCACCACCACCACCACUAUACUCAGUGAUUAUAUACCUCUCGUUAACGCUGAAGACAAAGAAACAAAACUGUGAGCAUACUAACAGAUACAUUGCAUUUUGUCACAUUUCUCUUGUGCGCGUGUGCCUGUGUGUGUGUGUGUGCGUGCGUGCGUGGGUCUUGUAACAUAUUACAUUUUGAGUUGAUUCAGAAAAAGACAGAGUGGAAUUCCUCAGUCAUGUAUGGAGCAACAACUGGAUCUAAAAAAAGCAAAAAUUUAACCUCCUACGCCUACAAAUGUCCUGAUCUACAGACAAAACCGAUUUCGAUCAGUAAAUUGGAGAUGAUGACACAUUUUAGUCGGAAAGAACUACAGCUACUGUAUCAAGGCUUUAAACAGAUUUGUCCAUCAGGCGUUGCAAAUAAAGAAUCAUUUGUAGGAAUUUAUCAAAGAUUUUUCCCUAAUCGAGCAUCCAGUGCAUAUGCUCAAUUAUGUUUUCGAGUUUUUGAUAAACGGAGAUCAGGCGAAUUAACAUUCGAGCAGUUUGCUUGUGGUCUAUCAAAGUUGACUAGAGGUUCAAAUAUGGAUAAAAUUAAAUGGAUAUUUACUCUAUAUGAUAUUGAUGAAGAUGGUUAUAUUAGUCGAUCCGAGUUGAAAGAAGUUGUACAAGCAGUUUAUGAAUUAUUAGGUGAUAAAUUAUUUACAGGGAAUACUGUACAAGCUAUUGACGAUAGAGUGAAUGCAAUGUUUAUGAAAUAUGAUCUUGAUCAAGAUGGCAGAAUAUCAAAAGAUGAAUUUCUCAGUGUUACUACACAGGAUCCUGAUUUUAUGGCCAACUUGAGUCUAUUUGACACAGUCACAUAGUAUGGAAAGUUGAACCGAAAGAAAACCGCUUACUGAUUUUGUACUUUUCUCACCUGGUGUUAUUUUCAUCAAAAAAUCACUUGUGGGAAUGUUUUAUUGUAAAUCAAUGCAAUUAUCUAAAAAAAAAAGUAAAGGAAAAACAACCAAAGAACUGAAAAAUCCUUUUUCAUACACUCAGAUCCCUUGACACACAAAGAAAUAAUGAGUUUGUUAUUGUGAAAAGAAUUUCAUGAAUAAAUACGUUAUUGAAGUAGG